AUGAGCCCAGUCGGAAGUCACGUAAUCAAACUUGCAGAAGGACUGCAUGUUCCACGUCUGGAGAGAGCCAACUACCAAAAGUGGCUCGUACUUAUCGAAGCUGCACUAAGGCACUUCAAUCUUUGGGAAUCACAUAUUAUUGCGAAACCACCCAGUAAACCCGAUCAGCCGUACCUGAUCAACAAUGCCAAAGCUUAUAGCAUGAUAUCUGCCACACUAAGCAAGGACAAUGAAAAACUAGCAGAGGACCUCAACGGUAUUCCUCUAUCAGCUCACCUCAGUUUCGCUGCCAUAAAGAAACAUCACGAAACAGGCAACAUGAGCGCAAAACUAGAGCUCGAAGACGAGCUCGACUUAAUAGUAUACGACACCCAGGUCGGUGUUAAGCAACUAUACGACGAAAUGUUUGACAUACGGAAACUAUUGUCACAAAUUGGCGUCAAAUGGUCCGAUGAGGAUUAUGUACGAAAACUCUUGAGGAAACUACUAAAAGGAUCUUCACAUUGGGGCAACAUGCGUACCAGAUUUGACAGCUUUACUAAAUCAAAUUAUGCAACAGCUGACAUCAGGACAAUGUUGGCAUACGAAGAGCAGCAACUUAUCACUGUCAUGCUACUUCCAUCUUUAGACAACGCCGAAGUCGCUCCCCGGAUUCAGGAACUAUCUCAACCCGAUUCCGAAGUGGAAGACACACCACUUAAAAGUAAAACUCAGGGACCAUAUUAUUAUUACAAAAGGCAACCAGACGUUGAUUACAUGAACUCAAGUCUCGUUUCUGCCAAUAUAUCUAACUCAACAUUUCCAUCGAAUUGGAAACAAGCCAUGACUGCCCCGGAUGCAAAUCUCUGGAAGAUCGCAGCAGAUAAAGAAACAGAAUCAAGGGCACCAUUAUUUACUCAUAGCUACAAUCUAGGCGGUGGUAUUACACCGUCUGUACCUAUUGUGAUAGAUAAUGUGACUCAGUCUCUUUCUAUAUUUUCUAUCUCUAUACUUCUUGCGCGAUAA